AUGAUUAGUUUAUUUGCAUCCUAUCGCAGAGAGAAGGCGAAAGUAAAGAAGCACCUAGGAACCGGAAAAGGCAGUCAAGAAAUAUAUCAAAGCACAUGGUUUGCCUAUGAAGCACUGGCAUUUUUGGGAGACAGGGACAAUCCAAGAAAAAUACUUAAUUCUAUGGCAGUAGACAUCGACGUCGUAAGUAACAGUGUUUCUAGAAAUGAAGAAAAUGAUAGGGUAAAGGAAUCAGACAUGCCAAGAGAGUCCAUUUCAUAUUCGCAACCACCAAAAAAGAAGAGAAGUUACACGGAACCUAGAGAAAACAACAAAAAAAUUUAAAUGCUAGCUGAAGCCUCGACAUACUAAAGACAACGACCACUCAGACUCAACCUGCAUCAAAUGUUUCAUUAGAUAACGAAAAUCUUCACUUUAUUAAUUUCAUUGGCAGCAAAAUGAUGAGGUAUCCACCAAAUGUUCGGAAUGCUGUAGAGCGUGCUAUAACAGAUGUAUUAUUUAAAGCUGACGAAGGAUAUUAUAAUUUUUAUCCUAAACAGUAUGCACAGCAGUUACAGCAAUGGCCUAGCAACAAUACGACAUGCACUAAAUCUCAAACGCCCGCACCUCCCGUACGUGUGGAGGUACCCGCUAUUUCCCCAUAUGGAACGUUUUCUGAGCCAUCUCCCGCCUAUUGACAACUAUCUCAAGAAUCUUUCGACAUUCAAGAUUUGGUGUAAAAUUAACAAACAUAUGUUUCUUAUACUAACAUUACUAUCUAAAUUUAAAACUAAAU